CUUGACCUCGUCUUGGUCUUGGUCCUCAUCUUCGUUCACCUGCAGCCCUCCGAACUCGCAAUUGGACCACCAUGAGCUCCGAGACAGAUUCGCUGCUUGCUCUGAGAAAGGCGAUAACCUCCAAAACAACGGUGACCUUUGCGAACGAUGUCGGACCUGUCUCGUCUCUCUCCGCCGCCACGGGUAUAGUGCUGUCGCCAAGCGUCAGCCUUCCAAAGACCUCUCCAACACGCUUGCGAAAGCCAGGGACCAGCGCGACAGACCCUCAGAGCAACCCACAGGACUUCUUCACUCUCGGUGCUGUUUACCUCGCAUGGCUUCUACGCGACGCGUCGGGCGCGGAGUACAUGAAGCAGGUCCGCGAGAACGGAUACACGGUGGGAUUCGUCAGUGUUACGGAACGGAAAGCUGUGGCGGACUGGUUGGAAGAGAAGACACAGAGUCUGUCAGGACUUGUUACUGCAGAAGCUGAAUCUACGACGCCACCGGGGACGCCGCCGCUAUCACGAGCUACAACUUCCCUACCAUCGACGUCGUCAUUCUCCAAAGGGGCUGAUGCAACUUCGAGCCCGCUGAAGCGGAAAUAUGUCGCAGACACCGCUGACAUAGCGGUGGUCAAGAAAAUCAAAGCGAACGAGAUCGAACUGCAAGACAGGAACACUGUGCUGCGGGGAAUCAAGCCGAACAACUUCCAUUCUGUCAAGGUGGCUAUAUCGGACAAGCUCAAGAAGAUGAAAGAGGCCGCGAAUGCCAGAAAUAACAGCAGCUCGAGUUGGUCUUCGAAGCCCACCACUCCUGAUCCCAAAUUGCAAGCCCGAAAAGCUCGCAACCAAUACCCGAUCAUUAUGAUCUCAUCGUCCCCGACGUCUUUGAUCACGAUGUACAAUGUGCGGCGGUUCCUGCAGGACGCCGUGUUCGAGCCCUCGCAAGAGGCCCGUGCUCGCGCGGUCUCCGAAGGAAACGCGCGCGCGGAGGACGUCAUCCCGAUAUACCGCAAGCGCACGACCAUUGACUCAUCGGGCCGGGAAACAGAGACCCAGACAAGGUACUUCGUCGUUGACAGCGCCGAGGCCCUGGCCAAGUUCGGCGCAGACGCAUGGGACCGGGUGGUCUGUGUGAUGACGACCGGGCAGACGUGGCAGUUCCGGCCGUACAAGUGGCAGGAGCCCAAGACGCUGUUCCAUCAUGUUAAGGGCAUCUAUUUCUCAUGGACACACGACCCACCGAACCCGAAGAUCAAGGACUGGAAUGUGACGGAGCUGAAGAUCGACCCGAGCCGUCGGCACAUCGACAAGUCCGUGCUGGCGCAUUUCUGGCGCAUUCUAGACCAGUGGACGAGCACCAACAAGCCGUCCCUCAUGAAGAGUUGAGGGCCUUGCUGGCCUACCGCUUUGUCUACUCUGUAUGUGCUCUUAUAUUCUUCGCUCUGUACUUCUAUACCAUCACAGCAAAUUGCAUCCAUUCUCGUG